GACGGGUCGGGUUUUCCGCGGAAGCACGCAUUUCCGUCACUGCGCGCCGCGGUUCAAUUUCAACCCGACCCGGUUGGUUAAGUUGGUCUACAAGCCUUAUUUACCCACGUUAAUACUAAUCAUCCACCAAUCUAAACGCCGCACGGCAUCCCAACAAGACGUGGAUUGAACUGAAACGAUCCAUUCUUCUGUGCUCGGACGAAACCCCUAAAUUCCUCGUGUGAGUUUGGGGCUUCGUCUCUCCCCGAUCUUCCUGCAUUCUCCCCUCAGUUUGCACUCGCUCUUUGCCGUCAUCUUUGAUUUCAGUUGUUUAGACGUGAGUUAUCGCCCGAUUGAUCGUUUGAUCUCCCGUUUGUAGUCAGAUAAUUACGAUCUUCAGACCCAACUCUAGCCAUACAUAAUUAGCUUAUCUGGGUAAGGUCAGCGCUUUGCUGGUUCUCUAAGCUGUAUAUUCCAGAUAUCCCAUAGUUUCGAAAAUGAAUAUAGUGGCAAUGCUGCUUAACUUCAGUGAUGAGGAAGAUGUUUAACAAUCGAUCGGGAUUGGAUGAAAUAGGAGUAUCAGCAGCCUGUAGCCAGGACAGGAUGCACAUUGAGAAAUUGGAAGGGGAGUUGAGGAACUGCCACCAAGAGAUAGAAUAUUUGCAGGAUCAAUUGAAUUUGCGGAAUGUAGAGGCAAAUUUUAUGGCUGAACAUGUAGAGAGCCUUGAACUGAAGCUUGCAGGAGCUGAAAGAUUAAAUGAUAAGCUAAGGCUGAUCAGUGAGGAAUUAGUGCAAGCUGAUUCUCGGUGCAUGAUUUUGAUUGAGGAAUUGAAAUAUAAAGAGGAUGAGUUGAAAAAGUCUGACUUGCAAAUAGAGAACCUUGAGACAUCACUUCUAGAUUCACAAUGUGAAAUUGAGAGUUUAAAACUUGACAUUACUUCUCUAGAGCAGAGAUGCAUUGAAGCAGAGAGACUUGGGCAACAACUUGCUGAAGAAAAAACCAGGGUGGACAAGCGGUUGCACAUACUUGAAACUCAGCUUCAGGAGAUGCAACAGAUGAUUAGAUGUUUGGAAAAUGAGAAAAAAACUCUGUUUGAGAGAAAUGCUAAACAAUCUUCCCUUAUUGUUGAACUUGACAAGAGACUGAGGCAUGAUAGCAAAGUGGGUAUCCAUUUAGACAAUCAACUGGAUUGGAGUUUCCUGCUUAAAUUAAGGGAAGAGCUUCCUUCGUCAAGAGACAUGUGCACUUCUGCAGAGAAUUUGGGUCCAUCCUCUGCGAAACUAGCUGCUGUAACAUCUCAAGAUGAACAUGUGAAGACUGAAAUAGAGAAGAUGGCAAAACAAAUUCAUGAAUCUGAUCUUCUAGUCAAUCAGCUUAAGGAAGAACUAAGGGAAGUAAAACUUAAGGCCAAGGAAGAAGCAGAAGAUCUUACUCAAGAAAUGGCUGAAUUGAGAUACCAGUUCACAGACAUGCUCGAAUUAGAAUCCAGACGUCGAGCUCUUGUUGAAGAAGCAUCUAUUAGGAGAGUUCAAGAUUUGGAGGCACAGGUGCAGAAAGAACAACAGAAAUCUAUUACAGCCCUUAGGCACUUCCAGGAAGUAAAUAAACUAGCUGAAAAGCAGUCCAUGGAAAUUAGGAGAUUAAAGACUGCACUGGAGAGGCUCGACCAGGCCCUCGGUUUGGAACCAAGUUUUGAGUCCUGCUCUUCUGGUUGUUGCAAUAUCAAACAGAAUAUUUUGGACACCGAAGCACCCAAGGAGACUGAAGCUUUAGGUGUCGUCUAUGCCAACAAUGAGGUCGAUCACACUUUAGAGUGGCAUCCUAGUGAAGCUACUAAUGAUGUUGAGAAGGAUAAGGAUGUUAUCAAGGAAGAUUUAUGAAGGCCGAAAAAACCCACCACUUGGUCUAAUUAUUGUUAUUAGUGCAGUUUGUAUCUGAAUCUGUGAUGAUAAUGAUCGCUGAUUAUUGUCCUCAUGGGCACAAGGUUUGAAUAUAAUGCUUGCAAAGGACAACAGAUGGUUACUGAGUGCAAAAUCCUACAGAUGGCUUCCUAUCAGCAAAUUGGUUUUGGUCGGGAAGAGGUUAACAAUUGUUUUUUCUAUUGUUACCUUUUGUCGUGAUGCAUUAUUCUUGAAAAGUGGUUGAUACAACUCAAAUAGGAAAUCUGUUUUGGUAGAAAAUUGUGUUCGUGUUUUGUAUAUCCUGCAAAUGUUGUACAUCUACUUACAUGAAAUGGUAUUUUUAGUUGAGAA